AUGGCUAGUCCUCCCGUUCUAGCUUUCGAUGCCGAGGGCCGCCAUGCUACUGCCCCUGACACGUCUGCUGACAGCACUCUACGCUCUCAGUGGCAGACUCGUGAUGCGCACGCUCGCUUUGCUAUUCGCAACUCCCUGCCGCUAGACGAGCGCGAGCACUUCGGCCAGUGCAAGACUGCUAGGGACCUCUACACCGCUGUAGUUGCCCGCUACUCCUCACCCGCUUCUGCUACGCUAGGCCGCCUCACUCUCCCCUACCUGUUCCCCGACCUAGCCUCCUUUCACACUGUCGCAGACCUCAUCACCCACCUUAAGACUAGUGAGGCCCGCUUUCGCGCUGCUAUGGGCUGCCGAGCACCUCUCGUGGCGACCCCCGCACCCCGUUCUUCGAGGGGUGUUCCCCUUCCCCCCUCCUCCCCUCUGUCGCCUCUGCUGCUGCUGUCGACCUCCUUGGUGCUGAGAAGGUCGGGACCGCGUCUGCUUCGAGCGGGCGCCGCAGGAGCAAGGGAGGCAGGGGUGGGGGUGGUGGCGGAGGAGGUGGGGGUGGAGGCGGUGGGAGUGGAGGCGCGACUGGGGAGGCUAGUGGCGGCAGUGGGGGAGGAGACAGCAGCGGCGGGAGCGGUGGCAGGGGUGGAGGCGGCAGCGGAGGUGGAGGUGGUCGUGGCGGCGGCAGGGGUGGAGGUGGCCGAGGCGGUGGUGGUGGCGGUGGUGGUCGUGGAGGCACUGGCGGAGGCCCGAGUCAGCAGCCCGCCCCGACGCUUCAGGCCGCCCGUGAGUGGUAUGCGCAGCGUGGCUUUACCUGCACACUUUGAUGCUAUUCUCACUGCCAUGUAUGCCAUGUCUAUUAGUGGAGAGGGUGCUCAGUACUUGCGUGUUCCGCCCGACCCGGGCAUUCAAGCCAGUCCGGCUGCCGCUCUAGGUGCUAGUGCGUCUACUCCCACAGGUCCUGGUGAGGCUGCUGCCCUAGGUGCUAGUGCGUCCGUGCCCCCUGGUACUGGGUUGACUGCAGCACUGCACACCUUCAUACUGGACUCAGUUGCUGUCUCCCUUGCUGACCCCUCUGGGGGUCCGGUCAUUGCGACCUCCUCCACUGUUCUUCCUUGUCCUGCGGUCCCGUCCGGCACGCUUUCAGGUCUCUACCUCCCCUCGUUCUCUACGAACUUGGUGGCGGGUUGUGCGCUCCAGGACUCGGGUGUUCACCAGUUCACCCCUACCUACGAGCGCGUGACACACUGCACGUGUGCUCGGACGGGUCGCCACCUGGCUACUUUCACUCGAGAGCCGGGGUCGGCCUGUACACACUGA